GGCACUGCUUUGUGGAAGAAGAAAAACAUCUGAGUGGUCACCAGGUGGCGGUCACACCUGGGGCAGCCGGGGACUUUAACCCUUGGUGUGUCCAGAUCCCCUCAGUUUGCCCAGAAGGUCUGUGGAGCAGGGAAUGGGAGGGAGGCGGGCAGCGGGCAAGGGCUGGUUCCACCCAGACCCAAGAGCCUCAGGGUGGCCUGGGAAUGGCCAGGGCCACAAUGGGACCUAGUUCACAGGUGGGGGCGACAAAAUGGAGGGCUCAGGCUGCAGAGCUGUCCCGCUGGUCCUCAGGCAGGCCAGAGCGGCGCUAGAGGGCCUCCACCCUGGAGCCCAGCUGCCCCAGCCCGCCACAUGCACCAAAGGCACAGCGCUCGCGUCCAGACCAGGCUGUUCCGGGUUCGAGUCCGAUUUGACGCUUGGCAGCGGCUUGGACAAGCAGCGAAGUCGUCUGAGCUGUUUCCCUCUGGAAACCGGGUUAACACGAAGCCCUCCCGGGUCUGGACCCGUCCGGCAGAGCCAGGAAACUCCUUCAAAAUUCACUCUCCGGACGCUUCGCCCGGACCACCAGCAGGGGGCAGCAGAGACCUACGCGGCGUCCAGAGCGGCCUCGGUGGGUGACUCCGCCUGGUUUCUGUCCCGGGUUCAAAAGGUACCUCGUCCGAACUUGUGUGCGCAUCCCCCGAAGCCUGCAGCGCGGGCGCCGCGUGUCCACCCGUUGCGCCCGUCCUCUCCCUCCCCUGGCCAGGAGCCCUUGGCUUCCCCCCUGCGGCUCCCGGAUGCUGGACCGGAACAGACCGAGUGGCCUUCCAGGCACAGGGACCACCUGGCCAACAGUGUCACAGGAGUUCAGCCGCCAGUCCGCGAACCCACCCGACUUCUCCGAGUAGGUGCUUCUCAGGCCAUCAGUGCUCGCAGCCCUGGCCUCCACGUUGGGGCACGCGGCCCCCGGACCCCUCCUCCUCGGUCAGCUCCAUCUCUUCACCCUCAUUACGGGCGGUCCUGCCCAGCUCACCUGGACAGCCGGCUCCACUGUCCUGCUCUCCACCCGCAGCGGAACCCAUCAGAGGCCUCAGGUCUGCGAGGCGAGGUGGUGCGUGGCUGGCCAGGCCUGCGAGUUGAAGCCUCCCGUCCCCCUUGAUUCACUGGCCACUGUAGGGGCUUCUGCUGACCGUGCCUGUGCCUGCCUGUUCCCGACUCGGUUCUGUCCCAGGAACUGGUGGGCCCAUCCUUUGGUCCCUGCCACACUGUCUAGAUUGAGAGCUGACGGAAGCCAGACAGGAAACCUACUGGGCAGGCCACAGCCGCUGGGCCACUCUCCCACUGGGCCCUGAAAGCUGCCGGUGUGGAGAGCAAGUGAACGGCCACGCUGCGUCCCAGUGACACUGUGCUCACAGAGACAGGCAGGGGCCAUGUUUGCAGGCCCCCCACUGACCCUGCCCUGGCAUGCACAGGGGCCAGGUUCUUGGUCUGCGUUACUGGUGGUCAGUGUGGAAUAAGGGAGGGUGACUCUUCCCAUUUUGUUCUUUUUUCCUGGUUCUGGGUGGAACCCAGGCCCAACACAUGCUGAGCAAGUGCUCUACCGCGGAGCUGAGCCUUUAAUCAGAAUUGCACUGAAUUUAUGGGUCAGUUUGGGGAGAAGUUGACAGCUCAGCAGUGUUGAUUCCCUCAACCUUGAACCCUGCAUCAGCCAGCUUUCUGUUACUGUAACAAGUACCUGAAAAAAAGCAGCUAAUAAAGAGAAAAGGUUUAUUUUCA